AGGCAGUAGCCACCCCAACUUGAGGUUUCAUUUCCUGUCCAUUAUUGCUGAGGGAUUUUCAAUAUCACGAUGAACAGGUUGUUCCUUGAGCCUUUCCGGAAGUUGGCGGCGGCCGGUGGCGCAAGCCGCGGUGGCCGGUGCUUGAUCAACCCUGUUCAUUGGCAAUUCAAUCAUGGCAAUAUUUCUCCAUUUAUGUCUUCAAAUGCCCUCUUGCCUUCUUCAGUUGAGGACUCAGAGAGUCUCCAAAUCUCCGGCAAGGACUUCUCUCCGCCAUUAUAUAAACGCACAAAUUCUCAGUCAAAAACUCACAAUACAAAAAAUCCAAAUCCUCAGAGAUUUGUUGAUUCGAUUUUCCCUAAUUUUUCGUCACUUUCUCCGCAUUUGUCUUCUUCGCUUCACAGAAUGACGAUCCUCAUUCCUCAGCGCGAAUUCGCAUCGGAGGCCGAGAGCCAGAGUAUCUCCUUGGAGAGUGAUGAGUUAGUAUUGGACGGUGGAUUUGUAAAUCCAGAAUCUUUGCCAAACGACGCCGCUUUUUUCGCCCCCAAAAUCAACUCCUUUGGCCAUUCAUUUAGGGAUUAUGAUGCAGAAAGUGAAAGGCAAAAGACAGUUGAAGAACUCUAUCGCUUGAACCACAUUAACCAAACAUAUGAUUUUGUGAAGAGAAUGAGAGAAGAAUAUGGAAAAUUGGACAAAACAGAAAUGAGUAUAUGGGAAUGUUGUGAGAUGCUGAAUGAAGUGGUUGAUGAUAGUGAUCCAGAUUUGGAUGAGCCUCAGAUUCAGCAUUUGCUUCAAUCUGCUGAAGCCAUUAGAAAAGACUAUCCCAAUGAAGAUUGGCUUCACUUGACUGCUCUUAUUCAUGAUCUUGGAAAGGUUCUUCUUCUUCCUGCCUUUGGAGGGCUUCCACAAUGGGCUGUUGUUGGUGAUACAUAUCCCCUUGGCUGUGCUUUUGAUAAAUCCAUUGUCCAUCACAAGUACUUCAAAGACAAUGUAGACAAUGAUGAUCCGAAUUACAACACCAAAUAUGGAAUCUAUUCUCCAGGAUGUGGACUCGACAAUGUAGUCAUCUCUUGGGGCCACGACGAUUACAUGUAUUUGGUUGCUAAAGAGAAUGGAACAACCUUACCUCAUGCCGGAUUAUUUAUCAUAAGAUAUCACUCAUUUUAUCCCUUGCAUAAGGAAGGAGCAUAUCAACACCUGAUGAAUGAGGAGGAUGUUGAGAAUUUGAAGUGGCUUCACAUUUUCAACAAAUAUGACCUUUAUAGCAAGAGCAAAGUUCUAGUUGACGUAGAAAAGGUCAAACCUUACUACCAAUCUCUCAUUCAAAAGUAUUUCCCUUCAAAGCUUAAAUGGUGACGUUGAUGAUGAAAAUGAAGAAGAUUUCAUGAGCAAUGGCUUAAAAUGUGGUGGGUUCAUGAAACGAAAGUUAAUUGUGUAUUUUCUAAGUUCAUCUUUCUUUGUGUGUGAAAUAUUCAUCAAAACCAAACUCUUUAGUAAUCUAAAUAAUAUAAUGUUUCUAAAUAUAA